AUGGUGAAGUCUGGUUCUAAAUUAAUUGAAACCAUGGUGUUCAUCGAGGUGCUAUACUAUCCAACAAACCUCUACAAGCUAUUGGCCAGAUCAGCAAAGAUAUCCUGGGGACUGAGCCCGGAGGUGAUCAGGACCAUAUAUGUGGCAGUAAUCGAGCCAACUAUUCUUUAUGCAGCAAGUGUCUGGGCCGCAGCAGCAUCAAAAAUAACAGUGCAAAAACAACUCAACGCCAUACAGAGGGGCUUUGCACAGAAGAUCUGCAAGGGUUAUCGCACGAUUUCCUUGAACGCAGCCCUUAUAAUAGCUGGAGUUCUCCCCUUGGACCUUCGGGUGCAAGAGGCGGCAAAAUUUUAUGAGGCAAAGCGAGGGAGACCUCUUGAGCACCUGGAUGGCGGGGACCUGGCAGAUAGGGAAAUUGAAGAAAAGGAGUGCUUCCUGAAGGCCCUGCAUCCGGCUAGCGAGGAAGACAUAGUGUUCCAAUGCCUCGAAAAUACCGACCCUCAGACAUUGGAAGAGUACCAUAUAGUAGGAAACAUGAUAUUCACCGAUGGUAGUAAAAUUGAGGGUAAGGUAGGGGCAGCUCUUUCUCGCUGGUUGGAUGGCAGAGAGGUAGAGCAUAAGAAAUUCAAACUAGAACCCUACUGCUCUGUAUUUCAGGCGGAGCUCUAUGCGCUGUGGAGGGCAGUGGAAAUGGCAACAACUCACGAGGUUACCAAUAUCUUAAGCGAUUCCCGCUCCUCCCUAGAGCUCCUGAAAAACCAAAGAGAAUUUCAUCCAUUAGCUGUCAAAAUACGGAAAACAUUAAGAAACCUACGCACUCAGAACAAAACAGUUAAACUCUUUUGGAUAAGGGCCCAUGCGGGGGUAGCGGGGAAUGAACGGGCGGACGAACUGGCCAAAGAAGCUGCGCUCAAAAUGAAAGUAAAGUCCCACUACGACCGAUGCCCUAUCUCAUUCGUGAAGAAUAAGAUAAGGCAAUCAUCAAUCGCGCAGUGGGACCGCAGAUACCAGGAGGGCUCAACAGCAGAGACCACGAAAGUCUUUCUCCCGGACGCGAAAAUAGCUUACCGCUUCGUGAGGAAAGCCAGGCUCACGCCAACUAUGGUGCAGGUAUUAACGGGACACGGAGGCUUUGCGGACUACCUUUGCAGAUUCAAGUUGAGAACAGAAGCAGGGUGCUUCUGCGACCCAGACAUAAAACAGGACAUUUGGCAUAUCAUCCUGGAUUGUCCAAAAUUCGGUAAAAGAAGAUUCGAGCUGGAGAUGCAGAUCAACCUGCAACUCAAAAAGGAGAAUCUGAGCACAAUACUUUUCGACAACAGCUAUAGAGUUCCGUUUACAAACUUUUGCACAAUAGUAGUAAAACAUAUUGCAGCACUAAACAAAUAA